CUGAAACACGACCAAGAUCGUAUACUUUCCUUACUUCACAAACUAAAACAGAAUUAUACCGUUUCUUUCGUUACUUGAUUUGUAAUAUACAGUAGUACUUUUUAUUUUCUUACUUGAAUAAAAAUAUUAGCUUAAUUCCAGCUUGGAUAUUCGAAUCUUUCAAAUCGCACAUUCCAAAAAAAGACAAUGAUUCGACGGUUAUAAGAUGUCACCAUUCAACAACCACUCCUCUGUCUUUAUUCCAGCUUUCUCUCCUACACAUCAAUCAAUAGUUCUCUCUUUCUCUCUGUCUCUCUCCUCGGAAAACUCCCCUUCUCAGGUGCUGAACCGCCGUGAGAAGGAGACAACUCACAAGAAAGUUUCCAUUUUGUUUCUCCUAAAGAGCUCAGAGACUUAUCUCGUAAAUGACGACGACAACGGUUAUGUCCAUAGCAGAGAAAGUGCUGGAACGAAUCUACGGAAGCUCCAAGUCUACCCUUUCCGUGGCAGACGGUGAAAAGGCUCAGCGUCAUACCCAUCACCACGUUCACAAGCAUUCCUACGACGACAGCGAGGAUGAUAUUUGUUACAGCGACGAGGAUGAAUCCGCAAUGGAGCUCGUCCAGCUCGGUGCGGAGAGGACCAAGAACAUCUUGAUCCUCAUGAGUGACACUGGAGGUGGUCACCGUGCCUCUGCUGAAGCCAUUCGUGAUGCUUUCAAGAUCCAAUAUGGAGACAAAUACAAGAUCAUUGUGAAGGAUGUGUGGAAGGAAUACACAGGGUGGCCACUGAACGACAUGGAGAGUUCGUAUAAGUUCAUGGUGAAGCAUGUUCAGCUAUGGAAAGUUGCAUUCCACACCACAUCUCCCAAAUGGGUCCACUCUUGCUAUCUAGCAGCCAUUGCAGCUUAUUACGCCAAGGAAGUUGAGGCGGGUUUGAUGGAGUACAAGCCAGAGAUUAUCAUCAGUGUUCAUCCUCUGAUGCAACACAUUCCCUUGUGGGUUCUCAAAUGGCAGGAGCUGCAAAAGAGAGUGCUCUUUGUUACUGUCAUUACUGAUCUCAACACUUGUCAUCCUACAUGGUUUCAUCCAGGGGUGAACCGCUGUUAUUGCCCGUCUCAAGAAGUUGCGAAAAGGGCGUUGUUUGAUGGGCUUGAUGAGUCUCAAGUCCGUGUGUUUGGCUUGCCUGUGAGGCCAUCUUUUGCAAGAGCGGUUCUGGUGAAGGAUGAUCUAAGAAAGGAGCUUGAGAUGGAUCAAGAUCUUCGAGCGGUUCUACUGAUGGGAGGAGGGGAAGGUAUGGGUCCUGUCAAAGAAACCGCAAAGGCUCUUGAAGAUUCCUUGUAUGACAAAGAGAAUAAGAAGCCCAUUGGACAAAUGGUUGUUAUCUGUGGACGUAACAAGAAACUAGCAUCUGCGUUAGAAGCCACUGAAUGGAAGAUUCCUGUUAAGGUUAGAGGAUUCGAGACUCAAAUGGAGAAAUGGAUGGGAGCUUGUGACUGUAUCAUCACAAAAGCUGGACCGGGAACAAUAGCUGAAUCGCUUAUCCGAUCACUUCCUAUCAUCCUCAACGACUACAUUCCUGGACAGGAGAAAGGGAAUGUGCCGUAUGUAGUGGAGAAUGGUGCAGGAGUGUUCACAAGAAGUCCCAAAGAGACAGCAAGAAUUGUUGGCGAAUGGUUCAGUACAAAAACAGAUGAGCUGGAACAAACUUCAGACAAUGCAGGUAAGCUAGCUCAGCCUGAGGCAGUCUUCGACAUUGUCAAAGACAUUGAUGAGCUCUCGGAGCAACGAGGUCCUCUUGCUAAUGUCGCGUACACUCUUACCUCUUCCUUUGCCAGUUUAGUUUGAUGUCUCAUGUCUUAUGUUAACAUGUCGCCCUUUUUAGUUCCUUGUUUGAUCUCUUUUUUUUUUUUACUUUCAUUUUUGUAAUAAUAAUAAUUUGUUUGUUGAUUAAGUGGAAUGUAAUAUUUUAUAACAAAGUGAAGUAAAAGAUUCAUGAUAAUAAAAUGAAUCACACUCUGAGAUCA